AUGAAUAUGCUACCACCAGCCUGGGCUCUUCAAGCAAGACCUACACCUUCAGACAAGACAGACAGCUUGAUAGAAGGAAAAUUGUGGCUUAACUCUGGGCUCUACCAAGAAAAUCCUGCAUUAUGUCCUGGACUAGGCACAGACCAGCAAAACUCUCCACUCCAUGAUGUUGACUGGUCUCAAGAGAUGAAAAAUUGGUGUACUGAUGAUCUUUACUCACAUGGGUCAGCUACACAACAAUUGACCAACUCUUGGUUUGAAGAACAGCUGGAUGUCCCAGUUUUACCAAUGACUUGGCCUACCUAUCAUCAAAAUGAGAAUUCAUACCUUGGUAAAAGAUCAGGUUCUCAUGUGGCUUCACCCAUGGACACUGGCACAAUAUCCUCUCAUGAUGGUUCAAAUUAUGCAUUUAAGGAUGAUCCCCAUGGUCACCAAAACCUAUAUAAACCCACAAAUCUGGAUGGUUUUGAACAUCAUCAAACCUUAUCUCUUGGUCCAGAAAGCCAAGUACCACCCAGGAUGAUAGGACUGCAAAGUGGCCCAUUAACAUCAGGACUGAACCAGUAUCAGGAGACAAAUUCUCACCCUAUGAAAAAUUAUGAAGGGGUGCUUCCAAGUACUGACAUGGCACAGGGAACACCAUCAAUAGAAUGGGAUCACCUAGGAUAUCCCAGUCUGAAUUAUCUGCCUCCAAGAGUUCCACACAGUGGUGCUGGAUCUAAUUUAUCAGGCUUGACCUCUCCAAGGACCUAUACACCCUCCUCCGAGAUUUUUCAAUAUACUCAGUGUCCUUUGCAAGACCAUAUCACAAGACAGUUGGAUAUGGAUAUGGAGAAACUCAACAGACACAGAAACACAUAUACGACUACUGGAAGUCAAGCUGAGACUUCAGGGAAAAUUUACACAACUACUGCUGUAUUGGAUUCUUUUAAGCCAGUGAUAACCCAGAUAGAAUCAUUGAAAGGGAAGAAAAGGUUGUCAGGUAAAGAAGGGGAUACAUAUAUGGUCACAAAAGGAGGUCAUUCAGCAAUUGAUCAAAACAGAGAGAUUGGAAGUCUGGAAACAAUAACACAUCCAAGAAAGAAGCAAACCAAGAAACAAGAGGUGAGGCAAUCUCAAGGAGUGCUUGAUAUUUCAAAGCCUUCUCCGUCCAUGUCAGUUGCACAAAACUUCAAUUUAUAUGUAGGGACCAGAAAGAACCAAAACCCAAUUUCAACACCAGACACUCCAGGAAGUGUGUCAAAAGGCAUCAAGGAAGCACCUGAAGAGGAAUCCAUGAAGCGUAGAGAGAGCAUGUUGAUGAUGCUGAGGGAUAUAGGUGCAUUUCAUGUGGCAAAUUCUCCUGCUCUUUCUUAUACAUUUCCUACUUGGUUCAAAAUUCUCAGGGAAGAUAUGAUUGGGAUUUCAGGGCAAGAUGAAAUGUUGCAAAAGGCUGUGCAUCAAGCAAUUGAAUGUGCAGACCAAUGGAUUGCAAAAGCGUUUUUUGGUCUUAUCCUGUUAAAGUACAAGCCUGAAUCAACCAAGAUAUCACUGGAAGAGAUGGUGCAGCGUGGAUUUCAGUUCAUGCAAACUGUCUUUGAUCAAUGGAGGCACAUGGAAAUCAAGUCUAUGAAGGGUCAAACAGGUACCACAAGGACUGAAACCAGUGAUCACCUAGAUCCUUCAUAUAUGUUCAGAUACUUCAGCAAACUAAUCAAAGCACGAUCCAUGACACUGAAAGUUCUAGAUUCAAUUGUAGUGAGAUGGAAUAGAGAGACAAAAAACAUAUUUGUGAUGCCAGCAGUUGAUAGAAAGAAGCUUUAUGAUGAAGUCAAGAGUCUCUAUGAUAAAGACAUGAUGUUCAUUCGUGGUGGAUUAUAUUCAAGAGCAGGAUUUGGUAAUCUUGAAUAUGAGGAGAUCAACUUUCAAAGUGGUCUAAGGAAACAUCCAUUGGCACCAAAAUCCUCAGAGAGACGUAAAAUUGAAGAAUGCAGGUCAUUAUCCAAGUCUGCCAGGUUCCUUUCACCUGUGGGUAUUGAAAUGUGUCAAAAGGUUCAUGUUUUCUUUGUGGACUUGAUUAUAGACUUACUGAAGAACUAUAAGAUUAGCAAUCAACUUGAUUCAUAUUCAACUGAGCAGCUUCACUUGCCCAAUAAUGUGGCACCCAAGCCCAUAGAUGAAAAUGAGUUAAUUAUGGAAACAAUUGUCAAGGCUGCCAGUAUUGCAGAGUAUAGAAUAACAGUGGGUUUUAUUGGAAUGAUAAGAUUGGUCUAUGAAAACCGUUUGAAAGAAACCCAGUUGAACAUUCUCAUUGAAAAUGGAUGGGAAUUCCUUCAAAAGCAAUUUUCAAAGUGGAAGGAUCUAAAUUUUGAGGAAGGUGGAAAUUUGAUUUUUUCUAAGGGUUCAAAGCUGAUAUCAUGGGAUGAAAGAACAGGGAGAUUAGGUAUUGACCCAAGAAACUCAUUCCAAGCCCUCUGUAUUCAAUCAAAAUCACCUGCAAACACUCCAAUUUCAAUGAGAUAUCUAACAGCACUUUUGAAAUCAUGGUUCAAGGAUCCUUCAGAUUCAGAAUUGAAGAAUUCACUUGGACAGCUUUUCAAAUGGAAGCUGUGUUGCUCUCGUUUCUGUUUGAAAUUUAUUCAAGAUGUUGGAAAGGGUAAUGUGGUGGUUUAA